ACUUUGCAAUGAUUGCGAUAUAUUCCAGUUUAUCAUCGUGCGAUAUAAACUACUGCGUAUUGCUAACAAUCAUUCUACCAAUCAUGAAGUAUAUUUUGACUUUCCUCGCGGCUUUAGUCGUCGUUGGAGUUUCUGCGAAUCCACUUAAUGGCAAUCGUACGAAUUUAUUGAACGGCAAUAGAUCAAAUAUAUUUAGUGAAAAUUUUUUAGAUAUAUUUAAUGGCAAUUAUACGCCAUCUUUGGAAAGAGAAUUCUCAGAUUUCUUUAGACUCAUACCUCUGGACAAACUAGGUGAAAUUUUUGAAACUUACAAGAAUGAUCCCGAGAUAAUAAACGCAAUAUAUUACUUAAAAAGUGAUAAGCUCCACCAAUUGGUAUAUGCGGUAGAAGACUUGCCAGAAUUUCAUAAAUACGUUCUCUAUUUUCAAGAAGCAGGAUUAGACAAAAUUAGACAACUUAAAGUAUUACAUUUAAUAUUUGGAAUGAAAGAUUAUGUACCACCAAAAUCAUCGCAUGAUGUAUUUAAGAAGAGAAACAAUUUUAAACCUGGAUUUAAAGGUUUCAUCGAGGCAUACAUCGGGAUCCUUCCUACAAAGGAAAUCAAGGAACUUUACGAAAAGAAAAGCAAAGAAUCGGAAAGCUUUGCCAAAUUCAUCUCUUAUUAUAAAAGCAACAAGCACUCAAUAUUGCGUCAAAAACUUAGUGAAACUCCUGAAGUACAAACACUUCUGAAAAUGUUGAAGUUAGUUGGUAUUGAUUACAUGGGGAUUGAAGAUCUUUAUCUACGUAUAAUUGGCAUGAGACAAUAAAUCAUUCAAAUAUUUAGAAUAAAAUUGUUCUAUGGUAUAUAUAAUAAAUAUAUUUUUUUUUGUAAUGCAAAUAAAUGUAUAUUUUUUGUAGCUUACAUUUAGAAAUUAAUAAAAGUACAAUGCAUUUAAAAGUUUUUAAUCAAUGAAUUUUACAGUUCACAAUCAGAUCCCCAUACUUCUCUUCGUUUUUAGAAACUCUGAUUCCGUUAACCGUUAAACUAACGUUAGAACUAUCGAUUUAGUUUUUAUCAUAUCUGUCAAUUUGUAGGUAAUUUAAACAAACAAAUUACUUGUAUAUAACAUACAAAUGAUCAAAAUAAACUAAGAAAUAGAUUUCUUUAGUUAACA